AUGGCAGGGGAACCCAAACCAUACAGACCAAAGCCUGGAAACAAGAGGCCACUGUCUGCUCUUUACAGGCUUGAAUCAAAGGAGCCAUUCCUGUCUGUUGGGCACAAGAAGCCCUCUACUGAAUUGUUGGUCAGGGCUUUGAAAGAGACUCUUAAAACAUUGCAGGUUAUUGCUGUUGCCUUUGCUUGCCCUCCAGAUGUGGAAAUGAAAUCAGAUGAGUUACAGACAAUCAAGAAAGAAUUAACCCAGAUCAAAACUAAAAUUGACUCCUUGCUAGGGCGCCUGGAGAAGAUUGAGAAGCAGCAGAAGGCAGAGGCAGAAGCUCAGAAGAAGCAAUUGGAGGAGAGUAUAGAGCUGAUCCAAGACGAGUGUGUGUCAGAGAAUGCAGACCACUCCACAGAGGAGCCUGCUGAAGGAGGGCAAGAAGCGGAUGGAGGAGAAAUGACUGAUGGGGUAGAGGAGGACUUCGAUGAAGAUGGGGGUCACGAGCUGGUAGGAAUGCAAUGUUUGGUGUCCACAUCUGUUGGGUGA